AUGCGUUUCUCUACUUUAGCUUCCUUGGCCCUUCUAGGUGCUUCUUCUGUGUCUGCUAUUGGUGAUCUCGGCUUUGACUUGGGUGUUGAAAACAACGAUGGUUCUUGUAAGAGCACUGACGACUACUUGAGUGAGUUCGAAAUCAUUAAGGCUUACACAUCUACUGUCAAGGUUUACGCCGCUUCUGACUGUAACACGCUGCAAAAUUUGGGACCUGCUGCUGAACAAGCUGGUUUCAAGAUUUUCCUAGGUGUGUGGCCAACUGACGAUACCCACUUUGAAGCUGAGCAAGAAGCUUUGAAGACCUACUUGCCAAACAUCAAGACCUCUACCAUUGGUGGUUUCCUCGUCGGUUCCGAAGCUUUGUACCGUGGUGACAUGACUGCAUCUGAACUAGCUGAUAAGAUUAACACCAUCCGCGAUCUGGUUGCUGAUAUCAAAGACUCCGCUGGCUCCUCCUACUCUGAUGUUCCAGUCGGUACUGUUGAUUCUUGGAAUGUCUUGGUCGAUGGUGGUAACGCUGCUGCCAUUGAGGCCUGUGAUCUUGUGAUGGCCAAUGCCUUCUCAUACUGGCAAGGUCAGACAAUGGCCAAUGCUUCUUACUCUUUCUUUGACGACAUUAUGCAAGCUAUGCAAACCAUUCAAACCAUCAAGGGUAGCUCUAUUCCUUUCUGGAUCGGUGAAACUGGCUGGCCAUCUGACGGUACCAACUUCGAGAGUGCUUACCCAUCUGUUUCCAACGCCAAGCAAUUCUGGCAAGAAGGUAUUUGUGCUAUGAGAGCUUGGGGUGUCAAUGUUAUCGUUUUCGAAGCUUUUGAUGAAGACUGGAAGCCUGAUACUUCCGGUACCUCCGAUGUCGAAAAGCACUGGGGUGUUUGGACUUCCGGUAACUCGUUGAAGUAUCCAAUUGCAUGCAACUUUACUAGCUGA